CAAACAGAUCAAAGCACGAACUUAAGAUUUGCAUGCCUCACACAAUGAAAAACAGCUGAGACCUUGACUAUCAGAGAAUCUGAAACCGGAUGUCGGAGAGACGAGACGAUGGAGAUGGAAGACUUAGAAUAGUAAGAUGAAGGUGGGGUUGAACUGUGAACCUCUUCUCACUGUUCCUCGUCGGGUUCUCAUCUCAAGCCUCACCGUCACUCCUUUUCUGGCAACGACGCCAGCCAUUCGUCGUUCAAUUGGGUUCGUGUUCGUCCCAGUUUAGGGGGUUUCGAGAAGAAGAAGGUUGAUAAAAAUGUUACAUGAAGGUCAAAUCUCAAAAGAAGAACAGCCACUUGCGAGUCCAUCAAGUAGCAAUAGCAAUAACAACCUUGAUGGUGGUGGUGUUCGGGUUACUUGCUUCAGUGAAGCCAUAAAUGAUGUUCCCAUCCAUUUUCAGAUCAUAUGUCUCUCCAAACAGAUAUAUAUAUGGAUUGGUUGCAAUUCUGCAAAAUUUGGAAAUUUGUAUGCAGCUGCCCCCACACGGCCGGUGCUAGGCGCAGAUGCCUCGCCUUGAACCCGCACUUUGUUUUUUCCUUGGGCCAUAUGCUUAAGCCCCAAAAACCUGGUGCAUCAUAUUGCGCCUUGAACGUUAAAAACCAUAACAAUACAGUGAGUGUUACUUCCCUACUCGGGGGUUCAUCUGAUAAUACAGGAUCUAGCAUGGCACGUCGGCUAGUGUUAAAAACCGGUCUAAAUAUCAUCUUGGCUAGCAAUAUUCCGAAAAACAGCCCCAUGAUCGAGGUAGCUGCUGAAAAGGUAUUAGUGCAAAAGCUGGUCACUUUAGGGUACAUAAGGCCUAAAUCAGAAGGUCCAUCUAGAUAAUUGGUACUCAUGAUUAGUCUUCUUUACAAGAUCCAGAGAAGCAUUUCUUACUCUGGUUGCUGGCUGCUUUCUUCUUUGCAACCUUGUAACUGAAACUUCAGGCUUGAAUGCUAGGACUUUGGAGGACGAUAUAUCCGAACAUACCGCCUAUCAAGGCACUCGAUGGGGUUCUAUUUUACUUCGAUCUUGCUUAGAUAUUGAUUAAGAACAUUAUCCAUUUUUUUGUUAUAAUAUUGGAUAAAUGGAUAGCUAACUACAAAAUGGUGUAAAUACGUUGUAAUUUGUUUAAUUUCCCAUUAGCAGAUUGUUUA